AUGGGUUCAUAUUGUUCAUGUUGUUCAGCUCGUACAAAAAAGAAAUAAAAUGAAAUAUAAAAUGGUGAAUCGUAUAAAAUAAAAUAUGAACAAGAUAGAAAGGCAAUUAAUUUUAAUAUUUCAUAGAUUUUAAAGCAGCGUUAUUAAAACCCUAUCUAAGUUGAAAUACCAAAGGUUGAAGUUAAACCAGAUAUAUCUUUACCUGUUGAUGAAGAUGUUUAUAUUAAUGAUAUUAUGAAACAAUUUGAUACUUUAAAUUCGAUAUUUAAUGAAGUAUCAAUAAUAUGAAUUAUGUAGAUGGAAAAUGAGUUUGAUUAAAUAACGAAAAAAUUAUUAUCAAUGUCUGAGAAUCCAAUAGUUGGACUAUGA